AUGAUGAAUUGCAAAUCAGGUGUUUCCCCCAUUAUCAAAGGAGAAAAUUUCAGUCUAAAUCAGUGCCCAAAGAAUGAUCUGGAAAGUGCACAAAUGAAGGAUAUUCCCUAUUCUUCAGCAGUAGGGAAUCUUAUGUAUGCAAUGACUUGUACUCGUCCAGACAUCAGUUUUGCUAUUGGUAUGUUAGGCAGAUAUGUGAGUAAUCCUGGCAUAGAUCAUUGGGUUGCAGCAAAGAAAGUGAUGAGGUAUUUAAAGGGGACUAGGGAGUACAUGCUUACUUACAGAGCAUCUGAUCAGUUAGAAGUGAUCAGAUAUUCAGACUCUAAUUAUGCAGGAUGCCUCGACAGUAGGAAAUCUACACCAGGAUACAUCUUUCUACUUGCUGGUGGGGUGAUAUAUUGGAAGUCUAAGAAACAGACUUGUGUCUCUACUUCUACUAUGGAAGCAGAGUUUGUGGCAUUCUUUGAGGCCACAUCUAUGGCAAUUUGGUUACGAAACUUUAUCUCAGGGCUUCGGGUUGUCGACACCAUUUCGAAGUCGUUGAGAAUGUAUUGUAACAAUGUUGCUGCCUUAUAUUACUGCAAGAAUGAUAAGCAUUCAAGUAGAGCAAAGCAUAUUGGAAUAAAAUACAAUUUUGUGAAGGAAUUAGUUCAGAAACAAGAAGUGUCUAUUACACACAUCAAGACAAGUCUGAUGAUUGUUAAUCCUAUGACCAAGGCAUUAGCGCCUAAACACUUUACAGAUCUUAUAAUGGACAUGGGUUUAUGUAAAGUUGAUGUAAUGGUUAUAUUAUGUUAG